UAGAGAGCUUAACAAGCCUUUAUUUCUGGUUGCGUGUAUUGCUGAAGUAAGUUGAAAAAUCCACAAAAUUUUUCCUUUUUCCGAGUAAAUACUGUGACAAACCAUACAAAUUCCAAAAAAUACUCGAAAAUCAAUUCAAACCGUCCAAAAAAAUAGUCGAAAAUUUAUUUGUCCUUCGGACAUUGAAAUUGUUUUGUCGAAUAAUACAAACACAGUGUAAACCAACCAGAACUCGGUGGAAACGUCAAACAUUUAUCCCGCACAAGAGUAAGCCACAAUGAGUUUGAAAGAUGAAUUGGAUGAAUAUUUGUAUUGUCUGGAGCGAGAGACGCAGGCCGCGUUGCCGAGAAUCGAGAGAGAAUUGGAACGGUCGGGAUUGGUAUUGAAUGGGGAGUUUAUCGAUCGCUUUCACCGAUUUACCAUAAAUCGGAUUAUGGAAACUUACGACAACUUUGAAAUCGGUGCAAUGUUCCAUGAAAGUCCAAACCAUGGGCGUGACAAGGACGUGCGCAUAUCAAAGAAGCGUCAUUAUAGCGGCGAAUCAGAUUAUAAUCGCAAGAAACCGAAGAAAUUUAAGAGAUGUUCAAAAUGGAAUGGUUCAAGAUCAAUUGAUCGUAGACGCUCGUCCUUGUAUUCCAGCUCAUCACGUGAAACCAUGAAAAAUCGAGAUCGAAUGUAUGAACAACGGCAUGUGGCCAAACGUGAGCCGAAUUUCAAAAUACGCAAUGACGACCGCAUACCGCCACCAAAUCAAGAAAUGAACUUCGAUUCAGACUUCGACAUCGGUAGUUUUGAUGCAUCUUUUAAAAUCACAGUCGACCCGUCCAAAGUGCCGCAUACAUUUUCGUUUGCCUGUUUCCAUUGUUUGCCGGAAAAUGGUGCCAAUAUUCAUGGCUUCAAUGGUGUUGAAGAUGUUUAUUUUCAUUGGGUUGCAUCACAUGCACUCUCUAAAACCGAGCCAUUCCAAUUUUAUCUCGUUGAAAACGUGGCCUGUUAUUAUUGUGACACCAACGGUUCAUAUCACCAUAUAUUCAACCAUCAAAAGCAGGUUCACCCAAAGGAACCAAAAGUGAUUGUGACUGGGUUUGAUCAAACGUGCGCCCUAUGUUCAUACGAAGGGAAUGGAAUGGCAAGCCAUUUUAUAAAGGACCACACACAAUUGCCAACGCGAUUGAAUGACACCUUGACGAACGAUAUGUUGGCAUGGUUGUUGGAGAUUGAUAUGAGGAAAAAAGAUGGUGACUGCGGCAUAGAAGCAAAUAACACAAGAAAGCUGUUGAGUUUUGACAUGAUUGACCAUGUAAUUUGUGGCUGCAAAUCGAAGGUUCAUCGACGUAAUUAUUUCGGUCACAUUGAAAGCCAUUUACUUGAUUUCGAUUGCAAUGUAUGCAAAUCAAAGUUGCCAUCAUCAGUGCAGAAGUUUACUAGCUUGAUCGAUGUGGUGAAGCAUGACAAGGACGCCCAUCAAAUGAAUCAAUCGUUGAUUCCACGCUCUUGGCAAAUGGAGGAUCAAUUCAAAAAAGAUCAUUUGAAUACGAAGAUUGUGUUUAAAAAUGGUCUUGUGGUUGCCAUGCGCCAUUUGGUCAACACAAAAUUCGACAUUUCCAUCAAAUUCAAUGAAUGCGUUCAGAUUUUAUUGGACGCCAAGAAAAAGGAAUGCAAUCGAUUGAUGCAAAUCGAAGACAUUUCGCAGAAGACGACAAAAGUCGAUGUACCAGUAUUAUCAAGCGGAUCUUUAAUUUCUGACGAGCAAUUGGAGCUGCAGAAACAAAAUCAACUCAUCAAUGACGUAUUUAUUCAUGGCAUUCCCUAUAAGGACAAUGAAGAUUUGGUGUCGUUGGUAUUGAAAAUGAGCAAAUUUUUGGGUGCAAAUAUUUAUCCGGAGGACAUUGCACAUGUCAAACGGCCCUCACGUCACAAAGCGAUUAUUACACUCCGAUGCACCAGCCAGGAAGCCAAGGCUGAACUUUUGAAAUACAAAAGCAUUCAUACCACAGACGUUAUCCCUUCAAGUCGUGACCAUUUUCGGAAAAUCCACAUCAAAUCACUGACCACGAAAUAUGUUACCAAUCUGAUGAAAUUUGCAAAAGAUUUUGCUCAACAAAAGCUAUUGCACCAUUUUCAAUGGACUGAAAAAGGUCUGUUUGUAAAACGGUCAGAGAAUUGCGAUGGCAAAUACUUUAUGAACAAAACUGAACUGAUAAACUACGUGAAGUGAGCGCAACAGCUGACAAAUAAUAAUCAAUUGAACAAAAUAGUUCUAAAUUUUUUUUAGAAAAUUUGAUUCCAUUGUAUUUCAAAC